AUGCACAUGGACCUGACGCUGCCCAAAUACAACCUUAUGGUCACAGAGAUGCUGUUGAUUCCUCAGAUUUCCUCGCUGUCCUGGUUUACAACGGUGGUGCCCCUAGUGCUGGUGCUGGCUGUAUCAGGAGUCAAGGAUGCCAUCGAUGAUUUUAAUCGACACAAAAGUGACAAACAUGUCAACAACCGCCCAGUCCAGGUCCUGAUCAAUGGCAUGUUAAAGGAUGAAAAAUGGAUGAAUGUCCAAGUGGGGGAUAUAAUAAAACUAGAAAACAACAACUUUGUGACGGCCGAUCUACUGUUACUGUCGAGCAGCGAGCCUCACAGCCUGACGUACAUCGAGACAGCUGAACUGGAUGGUGAAACAAACCUGAAAGUGAAGCAGGCUUUGACAGUCACUGCAGAGCUUGGAGAAGAUCUUCAGAAACUGACAGAGUUCAAUGGUGAAGUCAAAUGUGAGGCACCAAAUAACAAACUAGAUAAGUUCACAGGAACUCUUACUCUUCGAGGAGAGAAGUAUGCCCUGGACAAUGAGAAGAUGUUGCUGAGGGGCUGUACUAUUAGGAACACAGAAUGGUGCUUUGGUCUCGUUAUUUAUGCCGGGCCAGACACCAAACUAAUGCAGAACAGUGGAAAAACAACUUUUAAACGGACGAGCAUUGAUCGGCUCAUGAAUGUCCUUGUGUUGGUGAUCUUUGCAUUUUUAGCACUGAUGUGUCUUAUCCUAGCCAUUGGCAAUGGCAUCUGGGAGUAUGAUAAGGGCUACUACUUCCAGGUCUAUCUGCCCUGGGCAGAAGGUGUCAACUCUGCCUCCUACUCCGGCUUCCUCAUGUUCUGGUCAUACGUGAUCAUUCUAAACACGGUGGUGCCAAUUUCGCUCUACGUCAGUGUAGAGAUUAUACGCUUGGGUAACAGUUUCUACAUUGACUGGGACCGUAAAAUGUAUUAUCCGCUGAAUGACACGCCGGCUCAGGCCCGUACCACUACGCUCAAUGAAGAGCUGGGGCAGAUCAAGUACAUCUUCUCAGACAAAACAGGAACUCUCACUCAGAACAUCAUGUGUUUCAACAAGUGCUCCAUCAACGGCAAAUCCUACGGUGAUGUGUAUGAUAUGUCUGGGCAAAGGAUAGAAAUAAAUGAGAACACAGAGAAGGUUGAUUUCUCAUACAACCAGCUAGCUGAUCCAAAGUUUGCCUUCUAUGACCAUAGCCUGGUUGAAGCUGUGAAGCUGCGUGAUGUCCCAACGCACAGGUUCUUCCGGCUGCUCUCACUUUGUCACACAGUGAUGCCAGAAGAGAAGAAGGAAGGUAACUUGGUGUAUCAGGCCCAAUCUCCUGACGAAGGAGCCCUUGUCACUGCUGCCAGAAACUUUGGAUUUGUGUUCCGGGCUCGCACACCAGAGACCAUCACCAUUGUGGAAAUGGGAGAAACAAAAAUCUACAAACUCCUGGCUAUUCUUGAUUUCAACAAUGUUCGCAAGCGAAUGUCUGUUAUUGUGCGGAGUCCAGAAGGUGACUUGACUUUGUACUGCAAGGGGGCUGACACUAUUCUUUAUGAACUGCUGCAUUCAUCCUGUGACUCUCUGAAAGAGGAGACCACAGAACACCUGAAUGAGUUUGCUGGUGAAGGUCUGAGGACACUCGUGGUGGCCUAUAAAAACUUGGAUGAAGACUACUUUCAGGACUGGAUCAGGCGUCACCAUGAAGCAAGCACUGCCUUGGAAGGACGGGAAGAUAGAUUGUCGGAGUUAUAUGAAGAGAUUGAAAAAGACCUAAUGCUGCUAGGUGCCACAGCGAUUGAGGACAAGUUACAAGAUGGAGUCCCACAGACAAUUGAGACUCUUGCCAAAGCCAACAUUAAGAUAUGGGUUCUCACUGGAGACAAGCAAGAGACGGCAAUGAAUAUUGGUUACUCCUGCAAUUUGCUGAAUGAUGACAUGGAAGAUGUUUUCAUUAUUGAAGGCAGCACACCCGAUGACGUACUUAAUGAACUGAGGAAUGCAAGGAAAAAGAUGAAGCCAGACUCCUUUCUGGAUAGUGAUGAAAUCAACAUUCAGUUUGAAAAAUCUUCAAAAAAGCCAAAACUUAUACCUGAUGAACAAGCAAAUGGGGUGUAUGGUCUGGUUAUCACCGGCCACAGCCUGGCUUACGCGCUGGAAGGGAAUCUGGAGCUGGAGCUGGUGAGAACCGCCUGCAUGUGCAAAGUGGUGAUCUGCUGCCGGGUGACUCCGCUGCAGAAGGCCCAGGUGGUGGAGCUGGUGAAGAAGUACAAGAAGGCUGUGACGCUGGCGAUCGGAGACGGCGCCAACGACGUCAGCAUGAUCAAGACUGCCCAUAUUGGGGUUGGUAUCAGCGGCCAGGAGGGGAUGCAGGCAGUCUUGUCCAGUGACUUCUCCUUUGCACAGUUCCGUUACCUGCAGCGCCUGCUCUUGGUCCAUGGCCGGUGGUCCUACAUCCGCAUGUGCAAGUUCCUCAAAUACUUCUUCUAUAAGAAUUUUGCCUUCACGUUAGUGCAUUUCUGGUAUGGCUUCUUCUCUGGCUUCUCAGCACAGACUGUCUAUGAUGAGUGGUUCAUUACGCUUUACAAUUUGGUGUAUACCUCCCUCCCAGUGCUUGGAAUGAGCCUCUUCGAUCAGGAUGUGGAUGAUCGUUGGAGCAUGCUAUUUCCUCAGCUAUAUGUGCCUGGCCAGCAGAACCUGUAUUUUAACAAAAUAGUGUUUGUCAAGUGCAUGAUGCAAGGGAUCUACAGUUCCCUCAUUCUCUUCUUCAUCCCCUAUGGGGCCAUGUACAAUACAGUGAGAAGUGAUGGGAAGGCCAUUGCUGACUACCAGUCCUUUGCACUGAUGGCCCAGACCUGCUUACUGAUUGUGGUGUCUGUACAGAUUGGCUUGGACACCUCUUACUGGACAGUUGUGAACCAGUUCUUCAUCUGGGGCAGCCUUUCCGUUUAUUUUGCUAUCACCUUCACCAUGUACAGUGAUGGCAUGUACCUGAUCUUCACAGCCUCUUUUCCCUUCAUUGGUACAGCUCGAAACACUCUCAGCCAACCAAAUGUGUGGCUAGCUAUCUUCCUCAGCAUCACCCUCUGUGUGCUGCCUGUAGUUGGCUUUCAAUUCCUGAAGGCUCAGUUAAAGCCAACUCCCAGCGAUAAAAUGAUCUCGGUGGCCCCAUGGGAGCAGAGAGCCCACUACCUACAAAUAAAGUGCAUUGUUUCAUUCCCUUCUGCCAAGGAAUAUGAGAAUCUGUUGAUCACCAUUCUCAUCACAACAAGCUUUUACAUACUGGAGAUCCCCUUUAGUAGUCUGUUUUCUAGAUUAAGUCCUGCUCAAGAUCAAAGAAGCCAAAAAGCGUCCACCUCCACCAUCACCCAAGAGACGCCUGCGUCGGACCAGCACCCGCCGCUCCGGCUACGCUUUCUCCCAUCAGCACGGCUUUGGAGCACUCAUUAUGUCUGGGAGAAAUAUGCGGCCAAAAUCACCUUUUGCCACGACAGGAACAUUUUCACCAAAUAG